ACCUCUUGGCCCAGGAAAGUGGGAGCCACGACAGCACGGGUUAUAAAAGCUCCCGCCGAGCAAGAGAAAGACAGUUCGGUGGUUGUUCAUUGACUCAUUGACUAAAUCCGAAAAAUAGAAUAAAAAAGAAAGAUGUCUGCAGCAGGACCGGAAGUGGUGGCUGGGUCGGUAGCUGCGGCCUCUGCCACCGGACUUUCGGCUACGACCGUAUUUUUAUCCCUUCUAUUGCCAGCUUUGGCCCUUUACUACGUUUACUUCAGAAUAUCGAGAAGACACAUGCUCGAACUUGCGGCAAAAAUUCCUGGACCACCUGGACUUCCGAUUGUUGGAAACGCACUUGAAUUUAUGGGAAGCUCUGAUGCUAUUUUCCGAAAAUUCUACGAGAGAUCGUUCGAAUUCGACCAAGUCAUCAAGAUUUGGAUUGGACCAAAACUUGUUGUCUUUUUGGUCGACCCUCGUGACGUAGAAGUAAUCUUGUCCAGCAACGUUUAUAUCGACAAAUCCAGCGAAUACAGAUUUUUCCAACCCUGGUUGGGCAAUGGCCUCCUCAUUUCUACUGGUCAAAAAUGGCGUGCUCAUCGCAAACUGAUUGCACCCACUUUCCACUUGAACGUUCUGAAGAGCUUCAUUGACCUCUUCAAUGCCAACUCCCGUUCCGUUGUUGAAAGAAUGCGCAAAGAGGGACAAAAAGAAUUCGACAUCCAUGAUUACAUGUCUGAAACGACUGUAGAAAUCCUGCUCGAAACUGCCAUGGGUGUCUCAAAAAGUACCCAAGACAAGAGCGGAUUCGAAUACGCUAUGGCUGUCAUGAAGAUGUGUGACAUCCUCCAUCUGCGCCACACUCGUGUCUGGCUUAGGCCCGACUGGCUCUUCAACCUCACCAAAUACAGCAAGGACCAGAUGAACCUUUUGGAAAUCAUUCACGGACUCACUAAGAAAGUCAUCAAACGCAAGAAGGAGGAAUACAAGAGUGGAAAGCGAACCGUCAUCAACCCCACCAUCGAAAACAGAAAUAAUGACAAGGAUUCAAAGGUAUUUCUUCAAAUAAUUGUAGCAUCAAGUCUACUCCCGAUGGAAGUUUUUUUAAAUAACAUUAUAUUUCACCAGAGUACAACGGUCGUCGAGGGUCUUUCCUUUGGUCAAUCUUCAGGUCUUAAGGACGAUUUGGAUGUUGAUGACAACGACGUAGGAGAAAAGAAGAGGCUGGCCUUCCUCGACCUAUUGGUCGAAUCUGCCCAGAAUGGAGUCGUUCUUAACGACCAAGAAGUCAAGGAACAGGUCGACACCAUCAUGUUCGAGGGUCACGACACCACAGCCGCAGGAUCCAGUUUCUUCCUCUCGAUGAUGGGCUGCCACCCAGACAUCCAAGAGAAAGUCAUCCAGGAACUAGACGAAAUCUUCGGCGACAGCGACAGACCAGCCACCUUCCAGGACACCCUGGAGAUGAAGUACCUGGAACGAUGCCUCAUGGAGACCCUCCGAAUGUACCCACCUGUACCCAUCAUCGCCCGAGAGCUCAAAACUGAUCUCAAACUCGUUUCUGGAGACUACACUGUCCCAGCAGGAUGCACUGUGGUCGUAGCAACUUUGAAACUGCACCGACAGCCUAACAUUUAUCCCAACCCAGAUGUCUUCGACCCAGACAACUUCCUUCCAGAAAAAACAGCAAAUCGUCAUUAUUACGCCUUCGUUCCUUUCUCGGCUGGUCCUAGAUCUUGCGUCGGACGUAAAUAUGCUAUGUUGAAACUGAAAAUCCUUCUCUCGACAAUUUUAAGGAACUUCCGUGUCCAGUCGACUGUCAAAGAGGCUGACUUCAGACUGCAAGCUGACAUCAUCCUGAAGCGUGCUGAAGGCUUCAAGGUCAAGUUGGAGCCAAGGAAGUCAAUGGCCAUGGCCCAUUAAUUGAGUAAUUUAAUGCAAUGAAAAAGAGAAAGUCAUUAUACAUUUUUAGAGUGUACUAGAUGGCCCAAACUCGGUGACCGAUCGUUUCCACGUACACGUUUUUAUGUACAUGUUGUAAAUUGAUCUUGUUAGUAAACGUAUGUUGCGUAUA